UUGACUUUCUCCUUCCUCAUUGGCGGCAGACAAAUGGGACGUAGUUGCCGAGGCAGACGGCCCUUCCAGACCACGUUUGCUCCAACGCCGGCCCUUGCCACCGUGCCACCACGCGCCUACGCCCACAAGCUGCCCGUCAUCGGCAGGUUUCCUUUUAUGUCGUCCCGCCCUGUGGUACUUAAGUCGAAUCGGCAAACGAAGAAUGCAAAGACAUUUGGUGGGCGAUGGAGCGAGAGCUGGCAGUCGUGUGCGUGCUCAUGGAUAUGCUGGUGACUAAGUUGACCAAGCAGAAGACGGAGCUCUUCAUUGAGAAGCUCCACGGGGCCCUCGAGGAGAAGUUCCAGGGCCACUGGUACCCCGACAACCCCAGCAAAGGACAAGCAUACAGGUGCAUUCGAGUCAACAUGUCCAAAUGUCAGGAUCCAGAACUUCUUCGGGCCUGCAGGGAGAGUGGUGUGAACUUCAGUGACCUCGGUUUGCCUCCUGCGCUCACGUUAUGGGUGGACCCUGGCGAAGUCUCCUGCAGGAUUGGAGAAGACAGCGCUUGUUUAACAGUGGCCAGGUUCGUCAACCACAGCAACAAGAGCAAAGCAGAAGAAGGUCGUGCACAAGUGACCCAGACUGACGAGAGCGUGUGCUCAUGCAGCAACUGGGAGUCUUCAUUGGGAGAUGAGAACAUGGACACAUCUUGGAGCUGUCGUCUUCCGGUAUCAUGUGGCACAUCGUCUGUGUUUAUCUUUCUUCUUUUUGUCUUCUUUUCCUUUCAUCUUUUCUUUGCAAUGCAGAACAUAAAAAGCGGCCAUUAGAAGAUAAAAGUCAUCUGAACCAUUUUAGCUUUCAUUGACAGAAAAUCAGUGUGUGAUA